AACCCGACGGGGAAGUGGCGCGGGUGGCCGUGGCUCAGUGCUCCAGGGCGGACAGACAGACGACAGAGGCGGGGGCCGGGAGCCGAGCCGGGCGACCUAGAGAGCCAGCGGGUCAGGCUCAGCGUCGGCCACUCUGUCGGUGCGCUGAAUGAAGUACCCGCCCCGGUGAGCCCCGAACCCGGCGCUUUCCCCGCAAGAUGGACGGUUUUGCCGGCAGCCUCGAUGAUAGUAUUUCUGCUGCAAGUACUUCUGAUGUUCAAGAUCGCCUGUCAGCUCUUGAGUUACGAGUUCAACAACAGGAAGAUGAAAUCACUGUGCUGAAGGCAGCUUUGGCUGAUGUAUUGAGGCGGCUUGCAAUUUCUGAAGACCAUGUGGCCUCAGUGAAAAAAUCAGUCCCAAGUAAAGGCCAGCCAAGCCUUCGAGAAGCUAUUUCUAUGUCCUGUAUAACCAAUGGCAGUGGUGGAAACAGAAAACCAACUCAUACCAGCUCUGUCUCAAUUGCAAGAAAAGAAACUUUUUCAUCUGCUGCUAAAAGCGGUACAGAAAAAAAGAAAGAAAAACCACAAGGACAGAGAGAGAAAAAAGAGGAAUCUCACUCUAAUGAUCAAAGUCCACAAAUUCGAGCAUCACCUUCUCCCCAGCCCUCUUCACAGCCUCUCCAAAUACACAGACAAACUCAAGAAAGCAAGAAUUCUACUCCCACCAAAAGGCAUAAAGAUGUCAUCAUCAACCAAGCAAAAAUGUCAACCCGCGAAAAAAACAGCCAAGAAGGAGAAUAUAUUAAAAUGUUUAUGAGAGGUCGGCCAAUUACAAUGUUUAUUCCUUCUGAUGUUGACAAUUAUGAUGACAUCAGAACAGAACAGCCUCCUGAGAAGCUCAAACUGGAGUGGGUAUAUGGUUAUAGAGGAAAGGACUGUCGAGCUAAUGUUUACCUUCUUCCUACUGGGGAAAUAGUUUAUUUCAUAGCAUCAGUAGUAGUACUAUUUAAUUAUGAGGAAAGAACUCAACGACACUACUUGGGUCAUAAAGACUGUGUGAAAUGCCUUGCUAUACAUCCUGACAAAAUCAGGAUUGCAACUGGACAAAUAGCUGGAGUGGAUAAAGAUGGAAGGCCUCUUCAACCCCAUGUCAGAGUGUGGGAUUCUGUUAGUCUCUCCACACUGCAAGUUAUUGGUCUUGGAACUUUUGAGCGUGGAGUAGGAUGCCUGAGUUUUUCAAAAGCAGACUCAGGUGUCUAUUUAUGUGUUAUUGAUGACUCCAAUGAACAUAUGCUUACUGUAUGGGAUUUACAGAAAAAAUCAAAAGUAGCAGAAAUAAAGACAACAAAUGAAGUUGUUUUGGCUGUGGAAUUCCAUCCAACGGAGGCAAAUACCAUAAUAACAUGUGGCAAAUCUCAUAUUUUUUUCUGGACUUGGAGUGGCAAUUCACUCACAAGAAAACAGGGAAUUUUUGGGAAAUAUGAAAAACCAAAAUUUGUACAGUGUUUGGCAUUCUUGGGAAACGGAGAUGUUCUUACUGGAGACUCAGGUGGAAUCAUACUUAUAUGGAGCAAAACUACUGUAGAACCCACACCUGGGAAAGGGCCUAAAGGUGUCUAUCAAAUCAGCAAACAAAUCAAAGCUCAUGAUGGCAGUGUGUUCACACUUUGUCAGAUGAGAAAUGGGAUGUUAUUAACCGGAGGAGGGAAAGACAGAAAAAUAAUUCUGUGGGAUCAUGAUCUGAAUGCUGAAAGAGAAAUAGAGGUUCCUGAUCAGUAUGGAACAAUCAGAGCUGUAGCAGAAGGAAAAGCAGAUCAAUUUUUAGUAGGCACAUCACGGAACUUUAUUUUACGGGGAACGUUUAAUGAUGGCUUCCAUAUAGAAGUACAGGGUCACACAGAUGAGCUUUGGGGUCUUGCCACACAUCCCUUCAAAGAUUUACUAUUGACGUGUGCUCAGGACAGGCAGGUGUGCAUGUGGAACUCAGUGGAGCACAGGCUGGAAUGGACCAGACUAGUAGAUGAACCAGGACACUGUGCAGAUUUUCAUCCAAGUGGCACAGUGGUGGCCAUAGGAACGCACUCAGGCAGGUGGUUUGUUCUGGAUGCAGAAACCAGAGAUCUAGUUUCUAUCCACACAGAUGGGAAUGAACAGCUGUCUGUGAUGCGCUACUCAAUAGAUGGUACCUUCCUGGCUGUAGGAUCUCAUGACAACUUUAUUUACCUCUAUGUAGUCACAGAAAAUGGAAGAAAAUAUAGCAGAUACGGAAAGUGCACUGGACACUCCAGCUAUAUCACACACCUUGACUGGUCCCCAGACAACAAGUAUAUAAUGUCCAACUCGGGGGACUAUGAGAUCCUGUACUGGGACAUUCCAAGUGGCUGCAAGCUAAUCAGGAAUCGGUCAGAUUGUAAGGACAUCGACUGGACAACAUACACUUGUGUAUUAGGCUUUCACGUCUUUGGUGUCUGGCCGGAAGGAUCCGAUGGGACAGACAUCAAUGCACUGGUGCGAUCCCACAACAGAAAGGUCAUAGCUGUUGCUGAUGACUUUUGCAAAGUCCAUCUGUUUCAGUAUCCUUGCUCCAAACCAAAGGCUCCCAGUCACAAGUACAGUGCCCACAGCAGCCAUGUCACCAAUGUCAGUUUUACUCACAACGACAGUCACCUGAUUUCAACUGGUGGAAAAGACAUGAGUAUCAUUCAGUGGAAACUUGUGGAAAAGUUAUCUUUGCCUCAGAAUGAGAUUGUAGCCGAUACUGCUCUAACCAAAGCCCCUGUCUCUUCCAUCGAGAGUGUCAGGCAGCGUAAUACUCCCACGCCACCUCCUUCCCAGCCCUUAGAGGAGACGGUGGAGGAAGAACAUAGAAUAAGCAGUUCUCCCACAUGUUUGGAGAAUAGCUUGGAACAGACCAUGGAGCCGAAUGAAAACCACAGUGAGGGGCAGAGUGAAGGGGGCAGCGAAGACCUCGGCGAGCCUGUUUAUGAAGAGCCUCCCCGCGAGACAAAGGAGGAGCAGAGCGAGGCCACCCUGCCCAAGGAUCCGCAGGACCACCCACCCCUGUCCUAA